AUGAACGCCGAGGAGACAGAGACCGACGGGUUCGACCCCAUGGAGCUCCUGCACGUCCAGCGAGAGCAGAAGCGCGAGAGUUUCACGCGCUACCGACUGCAGGAGACGCUGAUGCUGAUGGGAUGUCGACCGAAAGACGUGGCGACUGUCACGCGAGAGGUCUUUGCUGUGUUUGCGCAGUACGUGUCAAAAAAAGAGCAGAGAGACCGUACGAGUCGACCAGGAGGAGAAGAAGCAGAAGGAGCAGAAGAAGCAGAAGCGGAAGCAGAAAAGGAGGAGGAGGAGGAGCAGGAGACGUUGUCUGUGGUGCUUCCUUGGCAUCUACUGCAUCAGUGUAUCUACUCGUCGCUGGCACGACUGGACUAUGUGAAGCCCCAGCAUUUACUGGACUUUGAAGUGGCCAAGGAGAUCACGCAGCGGAAUCAGAGCUUUGCAGUGCUGUUGGGAGGCACGUCAGGCACCGGCAAGUCGACGCUGGCGUCGUUGUUAGCGGCGCGGUUACGACUGACGACGAUUUUGCCCACAGACUCGGUGCGUCAUGUGUUGCGAUCGUUCACGUCGAAAGAGGAGAAUCCGUGUGCUUUUGUGUCAACGUACCAAGCUGGAGACGCCUUGUCACCGCAGAUGGUGGCAGCACUUCGGGGAGACCGAGAAGACAUGUCGCCUGCAAGGCUGCACAAGAAAAUGGUGCUGAAGGGCUACACGAUGCAGUCAGAGUCGGUGCUGGAGAAGCUGGACCGAGUGCUGACGAUGUUUGAAGAGCGCAAGCAGUCGCUGGUUGUGGAAGGGGUGCACUUGAACACGGACGAGUUGCUGUCGCUCGUCAAGAAGCACCCGACGUGCGUGCCGUUUAUGAUCUACAUCAGCAACGAGAAUAAGCACCGCGAUCGGUUUGCUGUCCGUGCACGUCACAUGACGAUUGAUCCGCAGGAGAACAAGUACAUAAAGCAUUUUGACAACAUCCGCGUCAUUCAGCGCCAUUUAUGUAAGCAUGCCGAUCGGUGUCUGAUUCCCAAGAUCGAUAACACCAAUGUUGACCGCAGCAUUGCUACUAUCCAGAGCACGUUGGUGCGCGUACUGCGCAAGCUGAAUCGAGGCGAAAAACUCGUGGACGACAAGAUCGGCAAGUUUGUCAUGCUCUCGCGUGAGCACGAGAACUCCCUCAAGAAAGCUUGGUCAAGUAAAGGUGUGCGCAAAGCGAUGCGCCCUCUGCUCAAGCAAAAGGUGUCAAAGCGGUUGUUACUUCGCCGGCUACUCGCGGAGCAGACGAUGGAUACAUUUGGUGCCUUGGACUCCCGUCAGGGUGAGGACACAUCAAGCAGCGAAGAGGAGGAGGAGGAAGACGCGGGUCGUGAUGCUGACGAUGAGAGGAAUGGUGAUGAAGACGACGAAGACGAGCAGACGACUGUUGUGGGUAGUCUCCUGAGUGGUACAAAUGCGCGAGACCACGUGGCUACUGUGGCCCAGGUGGUGGCAAUGCCCGCUCAAGGACAGCAGACGGCACCGCGCUUGGCUACUCAGAAACGGAUGUUUCUAGAUGAGAUCGAAGAGCAUGCAGCUGGCUCGAGCGACAAUGCCAAAUCCAUGUGCUCGCUUUCGCAGGCUGUUCGUCAGGCUGCAGUGUGGCGCGCAAGUCAACCGCUGACGAACUACGCUGACUGGGUCUCGCACGCUCCGCCGCCUAGCCCCGAAGCCACAUUCUCGGACGUCAUGGAGAGCAUACCAGAGUUUGCAGCAGCGGUGGACAAAGGCAAGCGACCUCCGUGGGACUCCGAAGAGAAGCGCAAGUCAUGGAUGACAAGAGAUCAUCCCGUUGACGCAAUAAAAGGCCUUGCAGCUCAAAUGAGCACAAGCCGAGUCCCGUCGCCAAAUGCUUCGGGGCAGUUUAAGGCAUUCGUCGAAAGCCAGCGCAUUGAAGGCGAGGCCCAAUUGCAUAUACAGCGCACGCAACAGCAGCUCCGGCAGCAGCACACACUGCCGGUGAACCACCAGCUGCCUCCGAUUGGAAGACGGACAAAGCCAGUGGCUCGAAGACUGCACGCUUUGCUUUCGGAUCAACGACAAGACAGCUCGAGCAGCUUGGAUUUUGACUUCGACAGUGUGUCGAUGGUCGAUACCGAUGACGACAUUGGCCGCGUGUCGCAGACUUCUUCGCCGCGUGAUGGAUGUGUCUCACCGCUGGAACACAGCAAUGACGACGUGGACAGCCCCUUUGAGGUCAGUUCGCAGAGCUCUGAGGAGUGA